AUGGAUUCAAUGGGUAAUGAUAUGUGUCUCCUCUGUCUCAUAUCAGAAGCUCUUAUAGCCCAACUAAGAGGCGCAAAAGAGGAAGGUCGACUAACGGAACUCAAGAUGGCAAGAGCUUGCCCAUCUGUUUCACAUCUCUUGUUUGCAGAUGGUAGUCUCUUCUUUUGUAAGGCUGAUGUCGUGCAAUGUGCAGAGUUACUAAAGAUAAUCAAAUGCUACGGUAUGGCGUCGGGACAACAGUUGAAUACGGCUAAAUCAUCCAUUUUCUUUGGUAGCAAAGUUCCUCAGGAGCUAAGAAGUGCACUUAAGAACACCUUGGGAAUCUCGAAGGAAUGA